GAUUGCUAAGUACUUCUCAUCGUUGGCUGUUAGCAUUUGGAUAAUCACUGAUGGCCUUGGAGCACUAGACAGCUGUUUUGUUUUACUUCAGUAAUUAUUAGUGUGUAUCCAAAAUCUGGUAAGGGAUCGAACAACAGUUGCCGCCAACGUCCAUUGGAUAGUGAAGAUCGAUGAGAUGACCAGAAAAAAUGGGCAGCAAGGAACUCUCGGAACGAAGCAUCCGAGAACAUAUCCCAAUAAUUGUGUAGAAGAAAUAGGAGAUGGAUUGGGCAUACACUGAGAAGACGGUUUGGGGACAUCACGCACCAGGCCAGACCGUGGAGUGGAAGCUAAAAGGGAAACGACUAUUUGGGCAUCCUAGGCGAGGGUGACAUGGAGAAGAUGGUGUGAGGAAGAAAUGAAAUGUUCUGGGCAGUUUUGAAGCUAGGUUAAAAAGACAGAAAAUGAAAUGGCGAUGUUCUACUUAAGCCCUAUGUUCCACUAGGAGGAACCCAUAGGACAAGUGAAAGUAAUAAUAAUUACUAUAAUGAAGCAUCGCUAAUCAACUUAGAAGGGUAGAAAUUGUCCAUCACUCAACUUUUUUGUACUUAGGUAUGGUUGUGUAUUUUAUUAGGCACAUGUAUAACUAACACAUUAUUUACCUGAUAGACUGGAUAAAAUGUACAAGGUUUUAUUAUAUUUGUCAAGCAGAUUUAGGAUAAUCAAGUCUUUGGAUUGCAAUUUUUUAUCAACUUUAUUCUGAAGAAGUUGUGGAUCUUUCAGACAAAUAUCCACCAGAAAAUUAUUAUUAUAUCUUUGUUAUAAUUACUCAUUUCAUUGUUAUUUAUUUUUUUGUCAUUUUUUAUUUAUUUCUAUCCCUUUUUGCUGAUUGAACAGUCCCAUCACUUUAGUGGUGGCGAAAUGUUGGGAUCCCACUCCAAAAAACUACUUCACAAUCCCUCGUCAGGAACCAGUCCGUCCAAUCGAUCCUCGAGCUUGGGUUUUGCACACCAAUGCAAUGACUGGUGCACUAGGAACACCAGGUCUUGAAGGGACUGUACCUUUUGUUGGUACUGGAUCGCCUGCAAUUGGAAUGCCCAUGAUUCCUGGACAUUUUAUGGGUAUGGCUCCAUCGUCUGGAUUAUCCGUACCAUCAAUGCCUCCUGGAAUGUCCCAGCUACUGUUACCUUCAUUGGCUGGGCUUCACACCGUUCCUUCCUCUAACAUGACUACUAAAUCACUACCUGAAGUAGCUGAUGGUGGGGAUGUUCUAGCUAGUGGAUAUCGUAAUAGAGGUCCUGCAAGUAGUGGAGUUGUUGGUGGGCCAGGAAGUGCCAAGACUAAUGGUUCCCGGUCGGGAGACGAAACAACUGUCGAUGCAAAGGGUACUCAGUCACUUUUAUCUGGUGCAAAUGGAAAAUCAUCAACUUCAUUGACUGUAGCUUCGGACAUGGCUUCUGUAGUUCAUGACAUGCUAAUGUCUGAUUCUGGUUUAGAGAUACAUGAUCGAACAUGGCUAAAAAUAACGAUUCCAAACGCUUUUAUCGGUUCCGAAUUGGUUGAUUGGCUGUAUACACAUGUUGACGGUUUCGCAGAUAGACGAGACGCUCGAAGAUAUGCGUCUAAUCUCCUGCAGUAUGGUUAUAUUCGUCAUACAGUUAAUAAGAGUACAUUUUCUGAACAGUGUUAUUACACCUUCGGAGACAUAGCCACAGCUUUAUCUCAUCUCAAUUUGGAUGAAGUAGAUUCAGUUUCUGAAAUAGGAACUCAUUCUGCAUCUCACACUGGAGCUCAUCCUAUGAUGUCACAAAUGUAUCCUCACGUUCAUCAUGUUGUUCCUGAUACCGUGGGUUCAGCUUCCGGUUUAUCUUCAAUGCAAAACCAGAAUAUUUCAUCUAAUACUAAUGUAGGUUUAAUGUCGUCUCCUAUACCCGGUGAAGGAAAUUCUCUUAACCAAACUGGUUCUCAUUAUCCCUAUCCACCCGUAUUUUAUCCGAUUACAUCUUCAGUUCCUGCAUCGUCAUCAGGUCCUUGUAGUGUUGAUGCAAAUGGAAAUACUUGUAACUUUGUUAAUCCAACUUCAUCUACUCUUCUUGGUCAAAGAAAUAGAGUAUCAAAUAACUCUCAAAUCGGUGUGGAUUCAAAUCUGUAUCCAGUAAAUAACACAAAUAUGGUUUCACAUACGCGUCCCGUAGUUCCUAACCAGCCACACAUUGCCUCUGUCAAUAGCACGUCAAAUCAGAGGAUUCAGCAACAGAAAGUAAACUCCUCUUCAUCUAGCUCAUCCCGUUCUUCUGCAUCAUCAACGUCUUCCUCUUCCACUGGUUAUUCUGGUAAUAGGCGCCCACCUGCAUUAUGUAAUACCACUACUACUACUAAUACUACUGCACAGAUACCUAAUACCAAUGUUCCUCAAAGUAUGAAUGCACCAAUAGAUACCUCAGCUUCUAAAGGCCUUUCUUCUCUAAAUAAGAGUAUUCAACGACGUGCUGACCCACCAAGUGUACAAAGUCUCUCUGGUACAAGCAGUACAAGUUCUGCAAGUCGUCAGAAUGGAACUGGUGCUAGUGCAGCUGGAAGUGGUAGUGGUAGUGCAAUUACUACACAUGUGCUUAACAAACCAAACAAUACUAAUUUACCUAAUAAAGCAGAAUGUUCAGAUAGUGUUUUACGUACACAUGCUGUGGAUUUUUCUAAUUCUAUUCAUCCGACUACAAGUCAAAAUUCUGGUUUAAUGAUGAAAGAAGGUAAUAAAAAACCGGACAUCAAUCAGUGCUCUGGAAUACUAUCUAGUCAUCCUCUGACAGCUGGUGGUAACAGUGCCACUGGUGGAGUUCAUAAUAUUCGAAGAUAAGAGUUCAAAUAAUGUCCAUUUAUAUUCUGAAAAUAAGUCAAUCUCUGAAAAGAUGAAAAACAUUUAUAAUCAGAUCCAUGCAUCUGUUACAUUUAAAUGUUUCCUUUACAUUUAUCAUAUGUAACGAUAAUUUCCGAAACUUUCACCCGGUCUUUCUAAUAAGAAAUGUUUGUUUUUACUUCUGUCGUUUUUUCCCCAUUUAUUUAUUCUUCUCCUUUAAAUAACCUUUCUGAGCGAUCUAUAUAGUUUGUGUGUGUGUGUGUGUGUGUGUGUGUGUGUGUGUGUGUGUGUGUGUGUGUGUGUGUGUGUGCAAAUUAAGUUGUGUAUACAGACGUAUUUUCAUCUGUUUUCAUUCUCGUAUAGAUAUUAUACAUACUUUUAUUAUGCCUUAUGAUGGCUUAUACUUAAUAUAGUUAACUGCAUAUUUUACUCUUAUCCACAUACUUUUCUCUCUUUUUCCUACUAUAUUCUCUCUUCACAUUCAUGUUGCUUUUAUUAUACGAUCUGUGUUCUUUUCGACUUUUUUUCCCUCAUAAUAUAUAGACAGACUGUUAACAUACUUUGUUGUCAAUUGUGUUUACUGUCUUUUGUGAUGAACGCUGACAACAUUUGUUGACUAAAUUGUGCUUAAGAAUAUCAUUUAUCAAAUUUUGUUUGUCAUCUUGUAUUUGUUUACAAUGGGAGCACUUCUGUUCUGGUAAAUAUAUUCAGUGUGAAAAUGACUCUAUGAAUGACAUAUUGAAAACUUCCUCUUUGCUUUCUAUGUGAUAAUAAACAUUGAUUGGUUUUUCUUGUUGUAGCGCCCUAUAUUUCAUUCAUUUAAUUACUUGUUCGUUCGAUUCAUUUAUCUUUUUUUUUUUUAUUAUUUCAGCUAAUUUCUUUGUUGUUUUUGUUGAAAAAAAAUUUUUUUUUGAAUCAAGAGUAUCGAUACCUUUCUUCACUAUCUUCUUUAACCACUUUUUGAUUACAUGAUAACCAUGAAUACGAUUUAUUUUCCUGUUUGAAUUUUUUCCCCUUAGUUUGUCAUCAAAGCUGAAUAUAAUUUCAUUGCUUGAUUCGUUGAUUCAUACAUCCGUUUCAAUUCAUUAACCUUUUUCGAAUUAUGCAUGCAUAAAAGAUUAGUAGUUUUACCAUCAUAUUGUGUUCUUCAUCGCAGACCAAUUUUACAUUAUACAUACAUGCAUGCCUAUAGAAGAUGAUAAUAUGUCAAUUUUAUUUUCGCUUUUUUAUCAACUCAGUUCUUACUGCUAGUUUAUUUUGUUUGUUUUAUCUUUGUCUAUGCGAUCAGCUGCUGACAUUGUUGCAAAGUUGUUUCAUUCUGGAAAACUCAGUUCUUUUCUUUAACUCAGUGAAAUAUAUUCUU